AUGCCGGUGUUAACACAGCAGACUGAUAGGGUUCUAGAAGAAAGGAUGAAGCUAGAGUGCAAGUGUCACGGUGUGUCAGGCUCCUGCACCACCAAAACCUGUUGGACUACACUUCCCAAGUUCCGUGAGAUUGGCUACGUACUUAAGGACAAGUACAACGAAGCUGUGCACGUGGAGGUAGUUCGGGCUAGUCGACUGCGCCAGCCCACCCACCUCAAAGUGAAGCAGACUCAGGGCUACCGCAAGCCCAUGGAGACAGACCUUGUCUACAUCGAGAGGUCGCCCAACUACUGCGAGGAGGAUGCAGCCACAGGGAGUGUGGGCACCCAGGGACGACUGUGCAACCGCACCUCGCCACAUACAGACGGCUGUGACCUUAUGUGCUGUGGGCGGGGCUACAAUACACACCAGUACACCAAAGUGUGGCAGUGCAAUUGCAAGUUCCAAUGGUGCUGCUUCGUCAAGUGCAACACGUGCAGUGAGAGGACGGAGGUAUUUACCUGCAAAUAAGGACCAGAGGAACUCAGUGCCAGGAAGUGAGGCACCAAGGACUAGCUGAAUAAGGAAGAGUCAAGCGAGCGAUAAAUGUGUGACAUGGACCAGUGAAAGAUUUUGAAAUAAAGGAAUGGAAUUUACACUAUCAGCUCUUCAUGGCAUCGUUUUGCACAGCAGAAUCUAUCUAAUUUCUUUUCAGAAAGUAAAUGCUAAAUAUCAGUAGGUAAUACCCAUGAGCUUUACUGUCACAUAGAGAUUGUCCUCCUGUACUGAUGUAUCCACAGUGAAGUUGGGACUACAGAUAAUGAAUGAGACCCUUAGUGGGAACUGUGCUUUGCACUCUGGGAUUGUAAUUGUUGAAUUCACAAGAGACUUGUGCAUGGAGAGAAAACAGAGUAAACUGGGAAUUGAUCAAAAUGACAGCAGCUGAUGAGGUUGUGACUGGGAGAGAUUUGUCAAGUUUUCGAUAGAAAACUUUUAAGGGUUUUGUCAUAUUUUCACUAAAGGGGAGCAAAAGUGAAUCUUGGCAUGAAUGACCCCCCCAAAUUGGCUGGGACGUAUGUUGGAGGUUUGUAGAAAUGAAGAACAUUUUGUAAGUAUGGUGCGUUGGGGUGCGCCAAAAUCUGAGUGGAGAACUCUGUUAAACCCUCUGCUGCCAACUGGAAUAUGGUGGAGUAUGUUAGUUUUCCAGUCACACUGGAACUGUCUGUUCUGAACACUGAAAAUAAAUUGUUUAUUUAUGUUAUAGUAUCUUAAAACGAAGCACUAACGGGUAGAGAUGUCUUUUUUGUACUAAGUGUAAAGAAAAAUACUUUUUAGAAACUCUGACUGAAGAUGUGUGUCCAUCAGAAAAUUAUCCCCCAAUCCCUAAAACACCUCAUCUUUUCAUAAAAAGAAAAAAAAAAGGUUACAUUUCUACUGGUGUGUUGACAACAUCAUUACAGUGUGCUUUCACAUUCAAACACCUUGAUUCUAUUUUACUGUAGCAUAGUUUGUGUGCAGUCCUUUUCUCCAAGCGAUCGAUUUGGAUGAUUUUGCAAUUUCAGUUAAAAGACAGUAGCAAGAAAAAAAAAUCAGUUAACUGCAAAGAUCCUUCCUCAAUUUAUUAAACAUGAAACUGAUAUGUUGCUGGAUGUGUUUUGAGUGCUGCACUGAUAUUUUCUAUUCAGAUACAACUCAUAAAAACUAAAUAAACUCCCAUUUGACUCA